UUCAAAGCAAUUGAUAGUUGUGGUUUAAACAAGAUCACGUUUUCGUAAGCAAAAUAAUAUAGAUGUGUCCAGUAUUACAAUAUAGAUCAUGUGUCCAGUAUUUAGAAAAGAAGUCACAACAUUCGAGACCGCAGGAGGAAAAUGUUUUAAAAUAACUUAUCUUCAUUUUAAGUAUGUAUCGAGUGACGAUCAUUACAACUUGCAGCGUGGGACUCUACAGCCGAUUCACAUGGCAACGAUGAUGUCUAAUGUAAUUAUAGCUUUAAUAUUCCUAUAUGUUUCGUUUUGUUACGGCGGAAAACAUUUUACACCCAAACACAACGAGGACGAGGAUCUGGAAAUGUACAAGGAAGAAAGUUCGAGAGGUUCGAAAUAUAACGACACUGUUCUGACCCCAACCACGAGACAGAACACUAAAGGAGAGAUCGUAGUAGAAAAAUUCGUUGAAUCUCUCAUGUCCAGCGAGAAAUACUUAAAAAUAAUAGAGACGAUUGAAGAUAGAAUGACUCAUUUAGAGUCAAUAUUUCAUGAGAGGUCCAAUUCAAUACUCAAAUAUCUGUUGGAAGUCUUAAGAGCCGUGAAGAACCCACCAGCCGAAGUGAUGGAGAGAGCCUUCAAAAAUCUCAAACACGACCUGGACAGGUUGAAGUAUUCAGUGUCACAGAAAAGUGGGACUCCACCUAAAUUAAGAGUGGAGGACGGCAACUGCAACUUGGAGGGUGCUCUCGACAGUCGCCUCUCGUUUUUGGAAACGAACAUGAAAUCUGUGUUGAAUGGUGUCGAAGCUAUAACAGCGGUCAUAUCGGAAGUGAAAAACCGGCAGAAACUUAGGACAUUUAACAAAAACGAUCAAAUCACUGGAAACUUAGACGCCACAACUUUAAUCAGUGAAUUCAGAAGAGUAUUGAUGGAACAAAAACCUAAGAAAUGUGAUUGCAAAUUGGGUCGUGUCGAUCGUUCAGAGAGGUAUCCCACCGACUGUCAAGAGAUCCAAGCCCAAGGUUUUAACGUCACUGGCAUAUACAAGAUCAAGCCCGAAGACAUGGAGCCUUUCUAUGUGCUGUGUGAUCUUAAUACUGUUGGUGGAGGGUGGACGGUCAUACAAAAUCGUUUCGACGGAUCCCAAGAUUUUUACAAAAAUUGGAACGAAUACAAACACGGUUUUGGUAACUUGGCCAGCGAGUUCUGGCUCGGUUUGGAGAAAGUGUAUUAUCUAACUAAUCAGAAAUUAUAUGAGCUGAGAGUGGAAAUGGAGACACAAAUCGGACAGGAGGCUUCGGCUACAUUUUCCGUUUUCACUAUCGGACCUGAAUACGAGUCCUACAGGAUAAGUACGCUAGGUACUUAUCGAGGGAAUGCCGGUGACUCGUUAUCGUAUCACGCCGGUCAAAAAUUUUCAACCUAUGAAAUUGAUAACGACGAAUGGAAAGAUGGUUCGUGUGCGGUUGAACAUGGCGGUGCCUGGUGGUAUAAGGAAUGUGACAAAAGUAACUUGAACGGUAAAUACAUGAGUGGAACGGAGGAGAACAACGGUCAAGCAGUUUAUUGGAUCUCAUUCAAAGGACCGAACUCGCCUCUAUCGAAGACCAGGAUGAUGAUAAGACCUCUGCCGGCCAGCCGACCACAGGAAUACACCGAACAAUUGCGGAAGCUAUCUGAGAACCCAAAACCGGAUGUAAAGCGAGUCCGCGGCAAGGAAAUGAAGAGUGCUUACGACGGCGGUCGAGCCAGAGCGCCCUACAGAUACGAGGAUAGCGUGCGCCAGGAAGUCUUCUUCCCGAACUAUACGUAACAAAAUCGUAUCUAGUAACGUUUCAAUGCACUAUUUACUUAUACUUCUUGUUAAGUCACUUAUUCGUCUUUUAUUUUAUCGGUGGAUGUUAAUGGGUGAUGGAAUAAAAAUAUAAAAUCAGUCUCAUUCGCUUUAUUUAUAUCAGACGGGCUCCACGAUUCAGUUGAGCAAAGUAUCAUGGACAUUUAACAUUUAUUAUACAUCAAUAUUAUAAAUACAGAGUAACAAAAAAAAAAUCUACGCACAUGAGAACGUUUCGUAAGUCUACAGUAGUCCGCCUUAUGUACACAUCGAGACCACACACAUUACACAUGGCAGUGCCCUAAGCCGUUGUAACAUUAUACAUAUAGUAUACACACUAAGUCUAAAUACGUAUUUAGUAAUGUUGAUUGACAAUUGAAGUUUAUUUUAUAUCAUGAGUAAAGAUUUAUCUCACAAACAAAAUGGCUAUCUAACGGAGGGAUUUCGAGUUAAUUUUAGAUAAUAAUGAAAAUAAUUUUAAUUGUAACUAAAUCUAUCGAUUUAAAAAUAUCUCGUUUAACGGCUCCUAACAUGAAACAUCAAUAUUUACAAAGUACCACGUAACAUAUAUAAGAGCAACUAGCAUUAAAAUGCGAAAUUUGUUUGUCCGUCAUAGACAUAACACAAGUCAUAGACAUGUCUAAACUCGAUACCAUACUUACUUGAUAAUUCUUAACCAACUCCGAGUACAUUCGUUGAGAGCGAGUGCUUGAUUUACAAGGUAAAAAAAAAAAAGAAUAUCUUAUCGCCCUAUAUAAAAUAUUAAGCAAAAGACCUUAUAUAUGAUAUGAGAAAAUAAAAAU